UUUUACAGACGAUGUGUUCGUAGAUGAUACGCUUUCAUUCAUUAAGGUUGUCUGCCCGUGUGAUAAUUACGUGUGCUAUUCUGUAAACACCAUUACUUGUUCCUUUUGUGUUAUCUUAGAUGUGCAAGCCGCUUGUCAGGAUGCCACCGUCACGCAGGAGCUUCUGAAAGAGGGGUUUCACAGGGACCUGCUGGUGAAGGUAGAACUCGACGUAGCGGAGGAGGAUGCAGCAGGAUGCACAGUGGCAGUUAGAACUCGUCUUCCAGCAGGGAUCUAUGUGGAUCCCUACGAGCUGGCAUCGCUGCAGCAGCACAAUUUAACGAAGGCAGUGUUAAUUCCUGAUGUCAUCGAUGUGGAGGCUCCAGAGUACUUGGCUACAGAUCUUCUUGUGCUCCUGUACAUGGAACCCGACCCUCGGUGCUCUCGCUGUUUUAGAGCGGCCUUGCCUGUGCACGGGCGGUACCACCGGCCGGCAGAAGAGAGCAAGGAAGCGUUGGUUGUUCUGAAGAGCCCUGAAGUACUGGUCUGCUGCUGUGACAAUCGCCUGCGAACAGAGUGUUGGAAGCCUGCUGAAGCAGAAGCUCCCUGCUCAGGCAAAACCAGUGGCCCCUGUCAGUGGUACAGUGUAACGCACAAACCUACAUAUGAGGAAUCGAUUCUGCAGGUUCCAGUGGGGCUCAGGCAACAUAGCUCCUUAGUGUGUGUCCUGACUCUUCUUGCCACGGUGCUCUGUUCCAGUCUGAUUCUCGCAGCCGUAUGCAAAUAUGGACACUUCUCCCCAGUGACCUGCUCAGAAUAA